CUCUUCGUUGAACAAAAGGGCGGCCAUGGAAGCGCCUCAGAGGAGCCAGGCCUCAGGAAUUCAACAAUCUAGAGGAAGAAUCUUAAUAACUGUAAUGUAAACCUAAAAGAGAGACAAACAGGAACAGCUACAGAAACUCAAGUGGAAAAUUUGAUACAGAAAGACAAAAUGAGUAUUUCUGGAGGAAGCUGUGAAAGUCCUAAUGCUGCAGAACCAACUGCUGACUGCUUCAAUGAAAUGUGGUCCAAGUUGAAGGAAUAUCAUGAUAAAGAAGUAAAAGGCUUACAGUUGAAGAUCUCCAAAUUAAAAACAGAAAGGUGUAGGGAUGCUGAGAGGCUUGAAGAGUAUUACACCAAAAACCAACAGCUUAGAGAGCAUCAAAAAACACUGUACGACACAAUUACGGUUUUAGAAGAUCGGUUAAGAGCAGGAUUAUGUGAUCGUUGUGCAGUAACUGAAGAGCAUAUGAAGAAGAAGCAGCAGGAAUUUGAAAAUAUCCGACAACAGAACCUUAAGCUCAUUACUGAACUGAGAUUUUUUUUAUCACAUAUUACAGUGAAUGAAAGGAACAAUUUACAGGAUGAAAAUAAAAAGAUUUCUGAACAGCUUCAGAAGAUGCAGCAAAAGAUAGAAGAAGAAGAGCAAUAUAUGGAAGGUUGUAUUCCAGGUUCACCUGCUCAGUCCCUUUCACUUUCAAUGGUUAAUCGAAUGCGCCGAAAACGAGAGAGUAGGCAUGUCCGAUACACAGAACAAAAGUGUACAGAACAAACUGGAAAACUUCAUGAGCUUGGGAAGAUCCCACUGUCCUCCACUCAAAGACAUGCUCAUCAUGGAGAAGAAAUACUGGUAGCUGAUACCUGUGCUCCACAGUUGUCCCCAGUAUCAAGUAAAUAUAAUGAAGAAGUGAAAGGAGAGUGUUCUGAUAAAAAAGCACCUUUUAAUUUGGCUACAGUUGUUGCAGAAACACUUGGGCUUGAUGAAAAUGGGCCUCAGAAAAAAGCACAGGGAGAUUCCAGAAAAAAUCUGCUUCACAACUGUCCUAAAAACAGUGUUGACAACUUGGGAUUUUCAGAUCUACAUGAAGAUGCCUCUCCACCUAUAGAUUGGGAUUCUAAAGUACCUUCUCCUGUUUUUGGAGCAUCUGCCAGUACGAAGAACAACUUGAAUACAAGUCUUUCCCCUUCUUUGCUAACAACAGGACGUAAGUCAAAUCUGAAAAUCAACCCAGUGAACAAUUCUUCCCUUUUUAGAUCUGAGAAAGUGAGAUCAAAAUCUGAAGAUGUUGCUCUCAUUGCACCACUUAAUCUUGGGACUGAAAUAACUUCAGUUAUCAGUCAGGCUCCAACUAAUAGGCAGGUGGUUCUGAAGCAGAAUGCAGAUGAGCACAUAACCUGUGUGACCAACACACGUUUAGAUAAAGAUGAAAGAGUUAAGAGUGACUACCUUCCUGCAUCACAAAAACUAUUAGGAAGCAGAUGUCCUAAAAGAAAGAAAGGUGGUGAGAGAAGCGGUCAUGUGAUUAGCUGUGAAAAAGAGAAUGCCUCCCCCUCUCAUGCAAACAUUCCUCCUGCUGUCAAUAGAGAUAAUACAAAUGAUAAGCCUUUAGAUCUAUCUAAUCGCUUUUCUGGUUUUCGCUGUCAAGAAAAAACCCACAUAAGUGCUGAGACCUGCAAAACCAAGCUGAAGCAGGCAACUCUCCAUGAUGUUUUCCAACCACAAGCAAAAGAUUCUUCAUCUAAAAUCAUCAAUGGUAACUGCUUAACAAGCAAAGAAUCACAAGAGGAUCCCUGUAUACAGGAAGCCAUCCUGAAAUCUCUCAGCAAAGCAUCUCCAGGGAGAGAAUGUGAAGUACAAAUAAAAGAUGAAAUCACUGCCUUUUGUAAGCCACCGUUGCCAAGUGAUGCCUUAGAAUCAAACAUCUCUGCAAAUAUGAAGGUAGCUGAUGACGAUGAACCAAAAAGCAAGAAAGUAAGGCCAGGACUUGGAAUAGGUGAGCCAGCUUCGGUGCUUCAGCCAAAUCCUUGCAGAAUGACAAAAACUAAACAGUCCCAAAGUGAGCAAGAUAAAAUACCCUUGGAAAGUGUGCAGUGGAGUAUAGAUCCAGGAGCUGACCUUUCCCAGUACAAAAUGGAUGUCACACUGAUAGAUGCAAAAGAAGGUAGCCAAACAAGAAAUGGAGCUGAGACCAUGGAUAUUGACUAUACGUUUGUUAGUGAUAGUAUUCUAUUAAGAAUGAAAAAUCAAGAACAGAAAGAAGCAGACAGUCCACGAAAAGAGAAAAAAGAGAAUGCUAACUUAUCUGAAAUAUUUGAUCGGACAUCAUACGAAGAAUAUGAAUCCUAUUUAGAAGAUGGCAAGCUUCCAGGAUGUAAUAAUAAAGGAUCUUUUGAGGAGGAAGAGGAAGAAAAUAAAGAGAUGUCAAUAAUCAAGAAAAACCUGCAGAGUCAAGGAGACAAACAAGAUAAAACCAAACAGAAAGCUUUUGUGGAACCAUAUCUUAAAAGUGAUGAAAGAAGGAGUAUGUUAUUAGAUUUUCCUCACAUUGAGGUUGUGCGGAAGAAAGAAGAAAGGAGAAAAUUACCAGGUCAUACUUGUAAGGAAUGUGAAAUAUAUUAUGCAGAUUUUCCUGACGCAGAAAAAGAGAAGAAGAUAGCUAUCUGUUCAAGGCAUCGAUCUCGCUAUGUUCCUGCUGACACACCUGAAAAUUUCUGGGAGGUUGGAUUCCCUUCUACACAAAUGUGUGUUGAAAGAGGUUACAUAAAAGAAGAUCUCACUCCUUGCCCACGUCCAAAAAGAAGGCAACCAUAUAAUGUGAUGUUUUCUCCAAAAGGCAAAGAACAAAAAACAUAACUUCAGAGUAAAAUGUCUUUAAAAUUGAGACAUAUACUCCGUUUCAAUUCAUAUUUAUAACUAGUGAAAAGAUAGGUAAUAUGGAAAAAUCAGGAACUCACUUUCCUCUUACCAUCUGAAAAUUAUAGGCAUUCUGUGGAACUAUUUAAUGUACAUAUCUUUGAUUUUUAUAAAUAUAUGUAGAUAUAUUUUGUAUCUUCUCCUAGUUUUGCACCUUGUAGUGUGGAGGGCCUGUUUCUAAUUCUUUGGAAUUUGCAGUUCUGCUCUCACCAUUCAGACUUGGUGUAAGUUGGUGUGUGACUCCCUUGAUCCAAACAAAGUUGCAGCUUCUUACAUCAGAUCUAGAAAAUUUAGCUGGACACUUAGAGGGUGCUUCCAUUUUGCAGUGGAUAAUUUAAAUAACUGAUAACAUUUGGGUUUUUUAAUAACUUUUGGAAAAAAUUAAUAAAAAUGAAUUUUUAAAAUCAAUGACUUUUCAUGCCAGUUCUUUACAAAAUAACUACUGCACACCUGCCCAAUAUUAAUGGAUAUACUACAAAGGCUUCCUUAUACCACAUACUGUAUUCUUUAACAUUCAUGAUUGACAUGCUUUGAGGACCCUGGAACUAUUUUUGAGGGGUGGGCUCAGCACUGACAGUCGGGCUGUUAUUAAUUUGGGAGAGGGCAAAUGACUUUCCAUUCAUUAUCAUUGAAAACCCUUACAUAUGAAGACUCUUGCAAGCAUAACAUACACUUAGAAGUGACUUUCAUGUGUUCAUUGUAGCUUACUGCCAAAUAAAUGUGCACAGGAGAGACUGGAUGCAGCCUUUAUUAUUCACAGAAGAGUUCAUAAUUGCUGUCUUAAUAUUUCUUAGCAUUUCAUCAUUUGCUAUAUUUCAGACUGAUAAUUCCUGAGAAAGCUGGCUAUAGAGGAGUCUUGGUGGUCCAAUUUUGAGGGUGGUGGUCAGGUCCCCUAGCCUAGUCUUCGGGGGAGGGUUGAGUCCCCAGUCCAUGAUCCAUGGUUUUCUUAUUACAUAGACCUUCUGCCAUUCCUGCAAAAAUCCGCUAACAAAUCUCUUGCCAAAGCAUGCUAUAUUUUUUGUAGAAUAUUACUAUAUUCUACAAUGUUAUUUUGCCUGAUCCGUCUCUCUCAUUUGUAG